UAACCCCUUCCUUCUCUCUCUCUCUCGCACCCCACGACCUUUGAUUUCUCUCAGCCAGCUCACUCUCUCUCUCUCUCUCAUCCCGAAACGCCAACCCUUUCUCGCUAUCUAUAUCUCUCUCUUAAACAAUACCCUUCUCUAUUCGUCUAUCUAGUGAUACUUUCGACGUUUUCUCUAGUAGAUCUCUACGAGAUGCGGGCUUCAUGAGAGAUUCUCUUUUUCUCUCAUUCUAAUCCUGUUUGGUUUUCUGGGUUUUUUCUCUUAUAGAAUACCCAUAAACCAAAAUCCUUUCUUUUUAUUGUUUCGUUUCGAUUGCUUUUGUUGCUUUUGGGUCGAAGAUCUCGCCUUUUUUUGGGUGUUUGAUAGUGAGUAAGCUCGAUGGCGAAUGGGAUAGAGAGAGAGUUAUUGUUUAGCGAUGAAGAGUUGAGGGAGAUGAGUGGUGUCAAGAGAGGUGGAGAUUACAUAGAGGUGACGUGUGGUUGUACCAGCCAUAGAUAUGGUGAUGCUGUUGGUAGGCUUAGGGUUUUUGUCAAUGGUGACCUUGAAAUUACCUGUGAAUGCACCCCUGGUUGCAAUGAAGACAAGCUGACUCCAGCUGCAUUUGAGAAGCAUUCUGGAAGAGAGACAGCAAGAAAAUGGAAGAACAAUGUCUGGGUCAUAGUUAAUGGCGAGAAGGUUCCAUUGUCAAAAACUGUGUUACUCAAAUACUACAGCCAAGCAUCUAAAAAUGCCAAUGGCUCCCACAGAUCCCAUAAUGGACGAGUUUGUCAUCGCGAUGAGUUUGUUCGCUGUAGUAAGUGCGCCAAGGAAAGGAGGUUCCGGUUACGGACCAAAGAAGAGUGUCGAAUUCACCAUGAUGCUUUGGCCGAUGCAAACUGGAAGUGUGCUGAUCUCCCAUUUGACAAAAUAACGUGCGAAGAUGAUGAAGAACGGGCAAGUAGGAGGGUCUACAGAGGCUGCACCCGAUCCCCAACUUGCAAAGGUUGCACUUCCUGUGUGUGCUUUGGGUGUGAAAUCUGUCGUUUUUCAGAUUGCAGCUGCCAGACUUGCAUCGACUUCACAAGAAAUUCCAAAGCUUGACUCUGAUGAUGCUUUUAGCACUCAUGAAGAUAUUACCCCUUUUUUUCUGGUGGCUUUUUUAUGGUCUUAACUUUCAUCUGAUCACAUUUAAGAUAGCCUCCAGUGACAUUCUCUUCUGUUAAACUUGAAAAAUUCUGGCCUCUGGGUUCAGCAUUCAUCCCAUUGGCUGCUAUAUAACAUUAAAAUUACUUAUUUAUCCUCAA